CGAACUCCAACGCGCUUCUCCUCCAGGCCACACAAAGCACUAGAGUGCCGAUCAAUUUACCGCUUUAUUAGUCUUAAAAACUAUAUAUUUUAAACUUUCUUUUAAGCUUUUCUUUCAGAAUAUCAUCACGGUGAGUCCAAUGAACUUGAUUCGCUCUUAAAGAUUCGACUCCGAGUGAACGCACGAUGCCUAAUUUUUGCGCGGCUCUAAACUGCUCCAGGAACAGCACUCAUUCGGUGCUGGCGUUCUUCAGGUUUCCACGGGACCCAGAGAGGUGUAAGAAAUGGGUGGAAAAUUGCAGUCGCUCAGACCUUAAAGAUAAAACACCGGACCAUCUGAACAAAUACCACAGACUGUGUGCCAGACACUUUGAACCUAACUUGAUAACCAAAACCAGCCCUUUCAGGACCGUACUGAAGGAUAAUGCGUUACCAACCAUAUUUGACAAUCCUUCCUUCAAACGGUCGAAUAAUGAGACAGAAAAUAAAGAUGCCCCUGAAGCGAAGAAGAGUAAAUCGGACUCCCAAAGUGAGCCAACGAAAGAUGAUAGUGAGGCAACAACCAAAGAGAUCAGUGAGAGCAAAAAUGGCGAUGGGGUUGACAGCAGCCCUCAGGUCAUUGAUGAGGAAACGCUGAAUAAAGAGUAUCUCAAGUCUUUGUUCGAUGUUGUCAUGAUGAUGGGAACGCAGAACAUCGCUCUGCAUGGGCACUCUGACAAAGAACCCAGAAGCAAAACCUUCACUCCCAGCAACUUCCAGGCACUGUUGGAGUACCGCAUCAACGCAGGUGAUGAAUUCCUCAGAAAGAAGUUCGAGGGGUCGCCCGUAAACCUCGAGUAUUGCUCCUCUACUCAAUUGCAGCAGAUGCUGGAAGUGAUCGAAAACUGCGUUCGUGAAGAGUCGUUGGCUGAAGUUAAAGAAGGACACUUCUUCUCAUUGGUUGUAGACAACCUGGUUGAGAUAGGCGGAGCGAGCCGUCUCCCAUUGUUCAUACGUUUUGUGGGCAAGACCAACUGCCUCCGGGAAGAAUUUGUCGGGUUUCUGCCUUUUGAAGGUGAUGUGGAGGCUAUCACCAAGAGGCUAAUUGGUGAAGUGACCGAGAAAUGUGGCCUGGACAUGCAGUACUGCAGAGGACAGGCGUAUUUGUGUUCUGGUGUGUCCGCUAUGAAGGUCAAAGCAGUGGUGGCCAGAAUAUCUGAGUUACACCCGCUAGCAGUUCUCACCCCUUGCUCCAGUUGCUCUCUAAACAUCUGCCUGGCAAACACAAUGACCUUCACAGGAGUGCAUCUCGUCAUGUGUACCCUGAAAAAGCUGGAUGCAUUUUUCAGUAAGUCACCAUUGUUACAAAAUCAGCUGGAAAGUGCUAUUUCGAUCUACUACCAGGGAAACGAAGAAAAGGCCAAUGUCCUCAAAGGGGCCUGUUACUCGAAAUGGACCGAGCAGCAUGAUACAUUCGAAGUAGCUGUCGACCUCCUGGAGUCUCUCCUGCUUUGCAUGGAUAGCAUCCAUGAUAAUGAAGAUCACAAAUGGAGCGAUGAAGUGGCACACAGCGCCUUUGUCAUAUCAGAGGCAUUGGCCGAUUUUGAAUUUGUCAUGACGUUAGUGGUGCUGAAGAACACACUUUCCUUCUCCAGAGCCUUUGGUAAGAAUCUGCAAGGCCAAACAAACGAGGUCUUCUUCGCAUCUAGCAGUCUAACUGCGGUUCUGCAUUCACUGAAUGAAGUUUACGAGAAUAUCGAGGUCUACCAUGAGUUCUGGUUUGAGGAGGCUGUUAACCUGGCUGCAGCUCUUGAAAUCCCAGUGAAAGUACCCAGGCUGUACUUCAGAAAACGACCGACGUCUGGUGAGGAAAUCCAACCUGAGACUUACUAUAAAGAGCAAGUCACCCUUCCAGUGGUCAGCCAUGUGAUUAAGGAGCUGUCUGAUCUUUUCUCUGAACAUUUCAGAGCAAAAUAA